GAGAGGUAUUCAGGUGCACGAGCGUCCACCAUAUCUGUUGUGCCACUCAUCAUGAGGAAUCAGGUGCGGGCAUGCUUAUUGUUGUUAUCAUACAGCUAUUUGAGCGGGAAGCUUUGGAUUCAUUCCUCACUUCGGUCACAAAGGGAUUACUGUAGCAGUCCGACCCAGAAAUUCACACCUAGCAAUAAGGAACUCACGGCAGAGGGAAAAGAGCAGACCUGGAAAAAUUCUGGGUUGAAUAGGUGUUCUAGAACAAGAAAGAAGGGGAAAUCCCCAAGUUUUACCGGUGUUCCCGGCUGGAAAUGGGUGGCGGUAGCUGCGGCUCGUCAGGUUGCAGAGAUCUGGGUUCUCCAGCUUCUGAUCGUCUUCUCCGGCAUCCUGUUGUUUUUGUGCUCGGAAGCCUUGGGCUUCCGAGUUUUGCUGCUUGAGCCGCCGGGUUCUCUGGCUGCUCAAGCCCGAUGGAGCCGGCCUGUUCCCUGCUCCGAUGACCCCAUGAGGUCUCGCGGCUCCUUGCUCCCUCACGCAAAUCUACAGAGCUGCACACUGGAUUCCCAGAUCUGGUGGCCAUCGCCCAGAUCUGGUCUUCACCUGUUCAUCUUGGUUCUUCAAGGAACCUAACCCGGUGUUGGGUGGCAGAACCUAACCCAGUGCUAGGUUUCUUGAGGAACCCAGUUCCUUGAGGAACCCAGUUCCUUAAGGAACUUAGUUUUGGGUUCUUGGGUUUCGUGAGGAACCUAGAUCUGGGUUUCAUGAAGAACCCAGUUCUGGGUUCUUGGGUUCCUCGAAGAACCUAGGUUCUAGGUUUCGCUCUGUUUUUCUUGCUCUGUUUCUUUGGCUUCUUGCUUUGUUUGGUUGCUAAGAAAAUAUUUCUAAUCCC